UAGAUCUGGAAUUCGAUCUAUUGGUAUUUAUUUUUGAUAGGAUUCGCACAGGCCGGCGAUCCAGAAAUGCAGUUCUCUUUCGCUGUCUGCAUUCAGAGUUAUUAGUGAUCUGUUUUCUUUGUUAAUCUACUUGAUUGUAUUAAGUAAGCUGAUAGAAUCACUCGAAACACGAGUCGAGCUAGGAUCCGCUUUGUAAUCUAUGGUUUUUCUAACCGUCCAACCACAGAUCAGCUUGCACUGACGCCCACUCUUCCUCGACUCUCCGUAAACUCAUACGUUAGCAGCAAAUGUCAGUAGAGUUAUYAUGUUUGACUCGGAACAUGACACUUUUUACUGACGCUUUUACGCCACAAAAAAUACCACAAAUAGAUCAAGGAAGGAGUACUUCUAGCCAUUAGAGUCUCGCUCGCAGUCACCGGUAGACCUGUUAAACCCUUCGUGUUGGCAAUUGUGAAAAGUCUUUGAAGUAAUGACGAGAGAUCCGUCUAGAAAGCGAGACCUGUUUUGAAGAUCAGUUACUCUGAUACACAGAUUAUUUGUGACACCAUGGCUUCAAGUCCAAACUCGAGUGAGGUCUCCGUACCGACAAAAACGGUCAAUUCAAUGGCUAUUACCCAGAUUGAAGUGGUUCUUCUCUCAUCUUUGAACGUGCUAAGCACUUUAAUUGGUACUUUUGGUAACAUUUUAGUGUUUCUUGUCGUUGCUAAGUGUCGCUAUCUCGGAUGGCAGAAGACUGAAUAUUUCAUCUGCAGCUUGGCUGGCUCUGAUCUUUUGGUUUGUUUGGUCGCACAACCGAUGUACAUAACUCACUUAAAUGAAGCUCUUUCCACGAGAAUCAAUACCUUGCGUACAACUGUAACAUGGAUAGCGACUUUAGCGUCCGUAAGCAGUCUCCUGACCAUAUCUAUUGACCGCUUCCUUGCUCUUCUCUUUCUUCGCCGGUACCGGACUAUGAUGAAAACAAGAACUGCGCUCAUCCUCGUCAUGGUAACAUGGCUAUUUUCUGUCGCUAUUGGAAUAUCGGCUUCUUCAUUUCAUCGUACACUGCGCUUUGUGGCGCAGUAUUUCGUAAUCGCAGUCUUAAUAGCCGUGCCGAUAUUUUAUGUUGGAAUAUUCCUCAUUGUUCGUAUUCAGUGCUCAGAGAUGAAGAAACGUUUCCCGUCUCUAUCUCGCACUCUACGCACAUUCACCCGUGAAAAGACCAUCGCAAAGUUGAUAGCAAUAGUGAUUGGAGUGUUUUACAUUUGUUACACUCCUCUUAUUGUGCUGCCCUUUUUCUUUGGUUCUCGGAGUUCGAGGUUUAUAGCCUUGAGGGUGUUUCCAUGGGUCAAUACCCUGGCUCUAUGCAACAGCUGCGUCAAUCCAUACAUCUACUACUGGAGAAGCUGGAGAUUCCGUUAUGCUAUCCAGAAUAUGCAUCUUGGAAAAACCAUGUUCAGAAUCAAGUCAAAAAGGAUAGAUCGAGAGGUUGUAAACGCGGUUUGACAGUUUUGACGUUCAAAAAAACCAUACAAACUUAACUUUAUUGAAAGUGUAUGAAACGGGAUAUUACUCGCUAAUUAUGUGUCAAGGAUGCGACAAGCCAGGGAAAUGACUGCAAGUCAAAAAAAAGGACUACUUCAAAUUCGGUUUCUUUGAAAUUCCACCAAUGUUUAGCCUUUAAAUAUAUUGCCUCAAAAAACGAUUCACCAACUGGAACGACUGUAAAUUAACAAAACUAAGAUAUGGCGUUUGAAUCAAUUUUUUUUGGAACGUUAACCUCUCGCUGAAACAUUAUGAUGCAAAGUAUUGUUAUGCACUUCAAUCUUAAAACGUGUCAAGGGGGUUAGACGGUGUUAAAUACCUCCCCCAUGCUGGGUACGUGACAAUCUGCAAGACUUAAACGGUAAAAGAAAGAAAAUAACUAUUGUCAGAUYGACUCUAAUUUUUUUUUUUGCAAGCAGUUCUAUUGAGAGAACAGCAAUAGCUUGAAAUGACGGAAAAAGAUAGUGAAAAAGUUCUCGCGGAGUUCGAGUUCGAGUUCUGCUGGGUUCGGUGUCGUACCGUAUGUGAGUAGGUAGAGUUGUUUGUUGGUUCUCUCCUGUGCUUCGAGGGUUUUUCUCCGGGUUCUCCGGUUUUCCUCCCUCCAUAAAAAUCAACUUCUAAAUUCUAAUUCGAUCUUUGGGUUUUCACUUAGUUUGGAGCCUAGCUCUGUUGUGAUUGUCCCACGCUGUGAUACGACAGCGAAAGCUUUGUAGAUCUUGAACUUUACUUCGUCUAGUUAAGACAGGUUGAUAGGAAUCAAUUUGAAUUAUCGUCUAUGACAGAACUUCAUCCCUAAUGUACUUUUGGUAAACAUCAAGUCAUUACAAUUUAAUUUUAAGAAAAAAAUAAUAAAAAAAUAAAUCAUUCUCGGCGUAUAUGAACUACCGUUUGAUGGCACAUUUCCCCGCUUAAAUGGGCUGACAGCUAGCACGAUUGAUGCUGAAUUCAAAGCUUAACUCGAUACUCCGAAUGUCUAUAGAUUUGAAUCUCGUUUGCAGGCUAAAAAGGCCGAAUUGGCGCAAUCUUGACAGAUUGAAGAAUACGAGAUUUGCAAGACGUUUGCUGCGACUGUUGUGUUGCAGCAUGUCACCACUUAUUGACUUGGACAUCACUCAAUUAAUCUGUUCAAAUUCUUGAUUUUCAUAUAUCGCAAAAUGGAAUCAAAUGUAUAGCAAACACUGAGAGCAGUCUACAUCAGUAUUUAGAUAUAUGACGACAUAAUGGGAGCAUGAAACGCAAGGCAAGAAUUGAACUGCUGCACUCACACUCCGUCAAAAAUGAACUAAAAGUAUUUAUGAACAAGUUUACACACUUCUUAAAAUCGAAGUCAGGAUGUUAAGUGAUAAUUUACAAAAUGUUAACUAAUUAAAGGUGGCCGACUACUUUUCAA